AACGCCUGACAGGUAAAAAACUAACAUUGUCAUUUCUAUAUCAGCUUUUCGUCUGCAAGAAAGGUUUAACUUUUAAGAAAAGUGUGUAUUCUGGAGAACAAAAAUGCCUAAGAAAAAGAAGUAUUCAAGACGCUUCGAAAUGGGUGAUUUUGUGUUCGCCAAGGUUAGGUUCUAUCCAGCAUGGCCGGCAAGAAUAUUGAAGGCAGAAAAAAAUAAAUUCCAAGUUCAUUUCUAUGGGACAGGGGAAACAGGAACUAUCAAACUAGAAAAUAUUUUCAAAUAUAAAGAGAAUAAAACCAAAUUCUCUACAGAAAAAACAUUAAAGCUUCCUUACUUUCGCAGAGCAAUUAUGGAAAUUGAAGCGGGUUUAGAGGUCGGAGACUCUGGCCCAAUGAAUUUACUAAGUGCAGCCAUUCCCGAUGCGUCAGAUGGUUCUAAUGUUCAUCACAUCGAUGAUAUAUUGGUGGGUGAGGAUACACUUGAUAAUUUACUAAUGAAGGCGAACGAAGUAAUGCGAGCAAGAAAACUUUUAGUAGAGGUUCCUAAUACACAAUGCGGAAGCGAAGUUAGCAAAUAAUUUAUAUAAAAAUAUUCAAUUUACAUUUCAUUCUUAAAUUUCGUCUAAAUUCAUAAAUUUGAUUUUGGAUAAAACAUCAGCUGAUCCAUAGUGUUGUGAAAUGUUGCUUGCACAAGAUUUAAGUUCUAAACUAAAGUGUUUAACUAAAAAAAAUCAAGAUAUAUAACUAAAAAUAAAUAAUUGAGUAAUAGAAUAAGUUUCAUUUAAAUUUAUCAAAACUUUUGUUAAUUUUGGCUUCCAUUUGAAACAUAAUAUACGAAAUCAGCUGCUACAAAGUCCAAUUUAUGGACUUGACGAAAAUGUAUAUCUUGACGUCUAUAACGUCGCGACGUUACGGAACACGCAAUUACCAAAUUAACGAUCUACAUA